CUGCCAAACGCUUCCCUUCUACCCCACACGGACUUUUCGCUUCACACACACCCCUCCCCCUGACAUCAGAGGAGGCAGAGGCGCCCCUUCGCCCCGGUCCAAACUCCACUUACAAAGCCCGACAUUACAUCUGUCAAAGAGGAGAGCUGCGUGGACUAACCCGGGACUACUACCCAUGUUUUCGUGCGAUUUACGGCAAUGAGGGAUUCCAGAGGCUUAACGCACCUCCAGUUACCAAAGAAGGGGCUGUUUAGCUCAUUUAUUUGUUAGACGCAGAUUGGGAAACGUGAAGGGGGAGUGCAUGUUACUCGGCGGGCUUCAUUUCUUCGAUGCUGCAGAGCAGGAGCUGGAUGACAUGAUGCUGCAGAGUCCGCUUACCUCCACGCCGUUUUCUGUCAAGGAUAUUCUCAAGCUGGAGCAGCAGCAGCAGCAGCAGCAGCAGCCCGGGUCCCUCGAGCUCCAGCACCGGGCCCACACCCAGCAGCACAUGCCCGGGUCUCCUCCACCUCCUCCUCCUCCUCCGCAGCAGCAUUUCCAAACUCCGCCGUCCUGCAUGCUCGCGGGGGCCCGGGACAGCCCUUCCUUCUCGGACGGAGAGGAAAAUCUGGCCUACCUCAGCGCACUGGCGGUGCGGGACGAGGACCGCGGGGAAACCAGUCUGUCCCCGGACAUGUACAUCCAUCCCGGCCACCGGGGAGCCAAGCUGGACGCCGCCGAGCUGGAGGAGCAGGAGAGCAAGAGCUGCGGGAUGGUGUCCCGGGAGGAGUCGGCGGAGGGUGGGCAGGGCGAGUCGGAGAGGCCGUUGCAGAAGCAGAGGAGCCGGCGGAGACCACGGGUGCUCUUCUCCCAGGCGCAGGUCUUCGAGCUGGAGCGGCGCUUCAAGCAGCAGCGCUACCUCUCCGCCCCGGAGCGGGAGCACCUGGCGACCACCCUCAAGCUCACCUCGAACCAGGUGAAGAUCUGGUUCCAGAACCGCCGCUACAAGUGCAAACGGCAGCGGCAGGAUAAGUCCCUGGAGGCGGCGGGGCAACACCACCCUCCCCCGCCCCGGCGCGUCGCCGUUCCGGUGCUGGUCCGGGAUGGGAAGCCCUGCCUGGGCGGCGCGCAGAGCUACGCCGCCACUGCUCCGUACGGAUCCAACCCGUACAGCUAUAACGGAUACCAGGCAUACACGUACAACAGCCCCGCUUACAACACCAACUACAGCUGCACGUACACUAGCAUCCCCGCCCUGCCCCCGUCCAACACCCCCAACGCCUUCAUGAACAUGAACUUGGGAAACGUGAGCGGCCUCGGCGGCUCCUCGCAGGCGCAAACACAUCAAGGGACAGCGGUCACAUCCUGCCAGGGCUCCCUGCAGGGGAUCCGGGCCUGGUAGCCUCGUAGAACUCGUCUCCUUUUUUUUUUAAAUGGAGCUCUUUCAUUUUUGUUGGUUGACCUACAACCUUUUAGAAGCGCGUGUUAACUCGGUGUAAAGUGUUGCUUGUAUGUUGGAUGUGAGUUUGGACUCACCCGUCGGCUCCGAUGACUUUUUCGCACACAGCCUCGGCUUCGGUCACCCGCUUUCGCGUCGUGGCCCGGGGCAUUUGUCGGUGCUCCAGGUCGGCGGCGGCCACGCUGAAGCGCAGAGGUGGGAUUUCUCCUCAUGCGAACUCAACAGGACGAUUGGGGGUUUUUUUUAAUCUUUGUUUUUCACAUGGUAUAUUUUCAGGCUGUGGAGAGAUUGAAUUGCUUUAAAUUGUUUUUGUUUGGAUUUUUUUUUUUUUUUUUGGGUUCAACAGAGAAUUGUUUUAGUUUAUUUCACAUCUAUUCAAAUAAAUCCAAGAUAUAAGAGAAGGUGCGUUUUG